AUGAUGCUGGAGAAGUGUUCCUUCUGUAAGAAAGGGGAAUGUAUUAAACCUGUAAAAGUGGAAAAAAAGCCUGGAAAAGCAGCAGCUAAGAUCAGGAUUGAAGCAGAUGGAAGCUAUUUCCAGAUCAAUCAGGAUGGAGGAGCACAAAAGCUGGAAAAGGCUAAAAUUACUCUGAACGACUGUUUAGCUUGUAGUGGCUGCAUUACGUCAGCAGAGAGUGUUUUAAUCACUCAACAGAGCCAUGAAGAGCUGUGGAAAAUGCUAACUUUUAACAAGACUGCUGCUCCCAAUGAACAGAAGUUGGUGGUGGUUUCUGUGUCACCGCAGUCCAGAGCCUCACUAGCUGCAAGAUGUAAAAUGGGUGUUCUGGAAACAGCAAAGAAGUUGACCGCGUUCUUAAAGAGUUUAGGUGUGCACUAUGUAUUUGAUACAACGUUCUCAAGAAACUUCAGCCUAUUGGAGAGCCAACAAGAGUUUGUAAAACGCUUUCGAAAGCAGUCUGAAGACAAAAAGGCUUUGCCAAUGCUAGCUUCUGCCUGUCCAGGUUGGAUCUGCUAUGCAGAGAAAACCCAUGGCAGUUUCAUCAUUCCGUACAUCAGUACCACCAAGUCUCCACAGCAGGUCAUGGGCUCCUUGAUCAAGGGCCAUUUUGCAGAACAGCAGCACUUAACACCUGACCAGAUAUACCAUGUAACAGUGAUGCCCUGUUACGACAAAAAGCUAGAGGCUUCAAGGCCAGACUUUUUCAACCAAGAGUACCAAACUCGUGAUGUGGACUGUGUAAUCACCACGGGAGAAGUGCUAAAGUUGUUGGAACAAGAAGGAGUGUCUCUGUCAGGUGUAGGUCCUGCUCCCUUGGAUACCAUGUUUAGCAGCGCUGCAGGAGAGGAGCUCACUGGCCACUCCGGCGGUGGCUCAGGCGGCUAUUUGGAGCACAUAUACAAGUACGCAGCCAAGGAGCUCUUUGGAAUUCAAGUGGAUACAAUUCAGUACAAACCUUUGAAAAACAAGGACUUCCAGGAGGUGACGCUGGAGAAGGAUGGAGUGGUCCUGCUGCAGUUUGCUUUGGCAUACGGGUUCCGAAACAUACAAAACUUAGUGCAAAAGCUGAAACGAGGGAAGUCGCCCUAUCACUACGUUGAAGUCAUGGCCUGCCCGUCGGGCUGUUUAAAUGGCGGCGGUCAGAUCAAACUCGACAGUGAAUCCAGCAAGGAGCAGCUUCAGCAAGUCGAGAGGCUGUACGACUCCCUUCAGAGCGAAAUCCCAGAGAAGAACCGGACUGUGACUGAGCUGUACGAGCAGUGGCUGGGGGGCGCGGGCUCAGAAAAGGCGGCGAGAGCUUUGCACACAGAGUACCACGCCGUGGAGAAACCGAGCGCUGGAUUUAACAUCAAAUGGUGA